AUGGCCCAGAAGAGUCCCAGCCCCGCCCUGGAGCCCGAGCACGUCCAGCGGCUGCUGCUCUCCUGCCGGGAGGCCAAGAAGUCCGCCUACUGCCCCUACAGUCGCUUCCCCGUGGGGGCCGCCCUCCUCACCGGGGACGGGAGGAUCUUCUCCGGGUGCAACAUAGAAAAUGCCUGCUACCCACUGGGCGUCUGUGCUGAACGAACCGCCAUCCAGAAGGCCAUCUCAGAAGGGUACAAAGAGUUCAGGGCAAUCGCUAUCUCCAGUGACUUGCAAGAUGAUUUUAUCUCCCCAUGUGGGGCCUGCCGGCAGGUCAUGAGAGAGGGCAGUUUACAACACAGCAGCUGGCUUCCCUCAGAAGAAGCAAGCAAGAGAGCAAAAGAGGGAGCAAGACAGAUGCCAGAGUCUUUUGGUAACCUAACCAUGAAGGUGACAUCCCAUCACUUUUGCCAAAUUCUAUUCCUUAGAAGAAGUCACUAAAGUCCAGCCCACAGUCAAGGGGAGGGGAUUCCACAAAGCCAUGGUUGGGGGGGCGGAGGGGGUGUCACUCUAAAGAUGUAAAAAUUGAAAAUGUACAUAGACAAGAAAAAAGAAGAAAAGUGGGUAAGGGUGGCAGGAGGACCAGAAGAAGCAGGCCUGGUUGGCCCUGUUAAGGAGUUGACCUUAUUCCAAAGGGCAGCUAUCAGUGUCAGACGGGGUGGCGUGGGGUGACAUGGUCAGCUUUGCACCUUAAAUAGCUCAGUCUGCCAAAUCAGGAGAUAGUAGAGAACUGAAGCAAAUCAUAGAAGGAAUAGCCAAAGGAGUAGAAUAGCAUGCCUCUGGGCUCAGAGGGAGUUGGAACAGGAGACCGUUUGCUUUUCAUGAUGAGCCCAUCUCUAUAUACUGUUAGUGUUUUUUUAAACCAAGGAUGCAUAUUACUUUUAUUUAAAAGACUUUUUAAUUUAAAAAAAAACAGAAAGAAUAAAAGAAAGAAGCUUGUAGAAAGGAGGUUCAUUUAGCAAUACUGUAGUGUAAAUUCUAGAGAGCAAACUCAGCAGUUGAUUCUGUUGUGGGCGGGGAUUGAGCUAUUUGACAUUCCUGUUGUUUCCUUCUGGUUUCUCCUCUGGCUCACCCCUGGGAAGGUGGAGUGAGUCAUGUGAUUUUGAGUUUGAAAGAUAGCCCAGCCCCUUCCUCUCUCCACCCCCUUGGGAGGGCUGGAGAUCUAGCAGGCCCCAUGCUGGGUGCUAGGGGAUCUAAGGUUUAAAAAUCACAAUCCCUGUCCUUACAGAACUGAAUGUUUAGAAGGGGAGACAAAGUAGGGACAUCUAGCCCAGUCUAGGAAAGGUCAAAGAAGGCUUCCUGGAGGAGGUGACCUCAAGUAUGAAUGGGGAUUCUUUCAAAGAGGUAAAUUAAGACAAAGGGAUCAGCAUGAUGCUUGGGACAACUGCAAGUAAUUCGGUAUUGCUGGACCACAAAGGGCAGGGAAGGGGGACGGCAAGAAAGAUGCUAGGGCCAAAGAGUGAAGCACCUUCUCUGCCAGGCUAAGGAGCUUAGGCUUUAUCCUGAGAGCAAUGGGCAAGGGCAAAGAGCCUGUGAAGGAUUUUAAGCAGCAGGUGACAUAGCCAUAUUUGUACUUUGAAUAAUCACCGCAGGGCAGCAAACUUACUGGACUGCAUAAACCACAGACUGUCUGAAUGUCUCAACAACACCGCACCUCCACCAUCCAUCACCACCACAUUUGCAUCCACCUUGCCCAGGCGAAACAGAGACACUUCUUCCCAAUGAAAUCUCGCUCUCUGCCCACCGUUGUCGGAUUCUAACCUCUAAAAGCUACAGCCCAGGAGUUCCAAGUAGCUGGAUUUUGAUCGGGCAGCAGCUUUGCUCUGUCAACAAUUUUAGCAAAAACCCCUUCCACCUCUGCUGGCAAUUCACAGAUAACAUUUCUGAAAUGGUCUGUGGAUAAAAGAUGUCGCUGCCCUGGGAAAACGUGUCUGUCUCCUGCCAGGAGGAGACAAAGAGCAUUGAAAUGGUGCCAAAGGACAUCGUCCACGAGGGAAGGUCAAACAGCCCUCAACAGUUCUCUUUUUUAAGUCUUGCCUUUUUCCAUUUUUAUAUAAGCAUCAGCCUUUUUCGCCCCCAUGUCCUUUGGGGGAAGGUUAAAUGAUGCUUCUUAGGAAUAUUAUGCACUUUAUCAAAACUAUACAUACAGUCUUGCUGCCUGGAGGGAAAAGGGUACAAUGAAGACACAGGAUGCCCCAGAGCAGAGUGUGUACCGGAAAAGGAUCCUGUGGCCUCUCCAGCAGCCCCUCCCAUUCUCCUCCGAUUCUUGUGGCUGAGCAUAGUAAAGGCUGCCUUGGAUGUCUAACAAAUAUUCUCUGAAUGAAUGAGACUACUCCCAGACAGAAUAUUAAAUCUGCAGUAUAAACAGAUAUUUGAGCAGAAAAGCAUAUGCCGUAUCCCUGAAUUCACCUGCGUGGGAUACCAUUAUGGGAGAAACUCAGGAUGAUUCCCCUGAGACCUGAGACAUGGUACCACCAUGGAAGACUUCCUUCUCAGGAGGACAGAUGAGGACAGUGGAAUCAGGGCCAUGAUCCCUACGAAAGGCAGCCCCUGGGGCCCACACAAUAAGGCUGUAUCUCUACCCUGAGAAGGGAGAGCAUGGAACCCUGUGAUCCCUGCUGGAAGCUUCUCUGUGUAGAAAUCCAAUUGCUUGCCCUUUCUUUUGUUUUUUUUUCUGUUUUGUUUUGUUUUGCUUGCCCUUUCUAUACAGAGGUCUGCUGAAGAAUUGAGCUUCACGCUGUGCUUGGUUUAGACGUGUCACAAGCACCUUAGAUUUUUCUACAGAAGGAGAAAUGAAUGAGUCCAGUGCUCUCUGUUGAACAAGAAACUGCACUGUCUACAAUGGACGGUUAAUUAAUACGAGCCUGGACAUUUCAUUUCUACACGUGGGUGGAUUAAGCAUCACAGGUUCAGCAGGUUUAUUUGCUGCUUAGGGAAACAAACCUAAAGGCCAAUAACAACUGCACUCUUUAACUCAGAAACAUCAAUGCAAUGUCCCUUUAGUGAAUGUCUUACAAGCUGCAUAGUCAUUACAAGCCUUAUGGUAAAAGGUUACAUUCCUAGGAGAGUAAAGAAAAUCCUCUUCGUUAAAAUAUUAAAUAUCUCAGAGAACUUCUUGUUCCUUCUCAGUAAACAUUAAAGAGCUGUAAUGAUAAUGACACACAACAGAUGGGUAGAUUUAAACUUUAAAGGAAAUCUUUGCCCCAACUGACUAAGUUUCCACGAUUGAGCCUGCGGUCACUGGAGUGUGAAGUUUCUCCAACCUUCUCUUCCUUACCUUUCUCCAAAGGACAAUUUCAACAGAACAUUUUAAAAUUGUAAUUUAAAAUUCUCUGAGAUUGAUCAAAAAAUUAAAGAUAAUAUCUGAUUUCCAUGUGCCUCUAUAAAUAAAUUGGAAGGAAAUUCA